AUCAAAACCCAGUGGCGCAUUUCCCUUUUUCGUCAAAUAAUCAAACCGGAGGUCUCACGAUUUUCAACCGUUAGAUCGCCGGCUAGCCGGAAAAUAUGGACCGACAGAACAACAGAUACAGUAGCAGGCGAGUCCAACUCAACGAUUCCAUGCCCCGAUUCGACGCCGCUCCUGGCGACACCGACGCCGAACCUCAGCCGUCUGCUGAUAAUCCGGUGGGAAAAUUGGAGCCGUUCAUGGGGGUCAAAGCUCGAAGGCUGGCUUCCUUUCAUAGGGAUUAUAGAGGGGAUUAUCUUAAUGUUUCUUCAAAUCCUUACAUUUUGAAGAUUCUUGAUAAACAAGGUGACAGGCAAGUUCUCUUUUCUGAUAAAGUUUUGAAGUUUACUAGUACUGGAAAGAUGAAGAGGCGCAUCUUGAUAGUGACAGACUUUGCUCUUUACGUGGUCGAUCCUGAGAGCUAUACCCUUAAACGGCGGAUAACCCUUUCAGCGGUAGAGAAGCUAUAUCUAAGCAAAUUAUCGGAUAAUUUUUUCGCAAUUGUUAUUCCAACAGAGUAUGAUGUCCUGAUGGCUAGCACUAGAAAGACUGAAAUUGUAACUGUUUUGGUGGAUGCUGCAAAGAAUACAUCUAACUUUGAGCUUGAUGUGAUUUUCAAGAACAGGUUCCAGUAUAAUCCGGCUGCUGAUUUGGUGAAGGAAGUCCAUUUCGAGGAAGUUGAAGGCGGUGUAAAGACGAAAAUAUUACGCAAACCAGAAGACGACUAGUUUUGUCUUAUAAAAACUCGAAAAUCUCAGUGUUGCGGACAUAUUGCUGCAUGAUGAUCCUUGGAUUCCUAUCAGCACGUAUCCAGGUCCUCGGUACUAAAACCUUACUACUACUAGUCUACUACAUAACGUGUAUUCAUGUACAUCAUUCUUUGCAUUGUUCUUUUUUCAUUUUCAUUUUUUUAAUUUUAAAUCUUCGUGUUUGUUCUUACGGAAAGUUUAGAUGAUCCAAAUGUGUAAAUGUACUCUGAAAUCCAUGAGAAUUCUUAAGUAAGUUUUCCAGUAUUCAAGAGAUUGUUCUCCA